AUGGGCAAGAAAGGCGUCAUCCCUGACGCCUGGGAAGAUGAUGACUGGGAGGUGCAAGCCGAUAAACUGGCUGAGCAGCCCGAACCGGAACCAGAGCCGCCGAGACGCAUGACUGCGUCGGAGAGACGGGCUUUGCAUGCGGAGACGAAUCGCAAGAUCUGGGAAUCUGCGGAAUCUCCAGAAGCCUUCCACUUCGUCGAAGCGACCAACAGCGUCCCCCUAGCGUCUACCUUCAAGCCACAAGUGAAGGUCCUCAGUCGCCGACCCCCGCCCGCAUCAACACAGACCAUUGCGCGCCGCCGUGACCCCGUAUCCGGGGCCCCAUCUCAACUCUACGAUGGCGACGGAAGCGAGGACGACGAAGAAAACGAACGCAAGAAGGAGCGGACGCUAAGCCCAGAGGAGAUCCGUGCCAAACAGCAGCGAGAGCGCGAGGAAAAGCAGCGACGAUAUGACGAAGUACGGGCUAAGAUCUUCGGGGAGCCGAACCCGUCGUCCGGCGCGUCUAGCCCGGGUGCCGUAACCCCGCCGAGGCCGGAAUCUCGCGGAGGCGGGUAUAACCAACGGGGCGCAAGAGGCCGUGGACGUGGAAGGGGGGGCGGCAACGGCGGGGGACCCGGCCGACAGGGCCAAUACCACAACCAACAGUUCCAGGAUGAGCAGACCAGAAGGCCGGACGGCCGCUCCGAGACAAAGGAACUGUACGACCCUAAUCAUUCGCCAAAACCUGGAUUUCAGCUCCAAAAACGAGGUGGUGUUGGGAACAGUGGCGGCAGCAGCAGCACGACACCGUCCGGCCGUGCAUCGCUUAUGGAGCAGGACCAAGCAGGGACAGUCAUUCGAGCACCACACGGCCCGGAUGGGAGUGGGCGAGUCGGGUUUGGCUUCGCUAGACGAGGAGCCAGCAGAGAUUGA